CGACCGAGUGGUGAUGGAUUUCAUAUCGUUGUGAAUGCAACGGGAACGCACAGCCAUUCUCUCACCGAACAUCAGUGGUAUAACUACGCUGAGAACAGACGCGUCUUGGAUCCAGAGCUACGCCGCGAUGUGGCAGUCAUGAGCAAGGAGGGGGCCAAGCCACGAGGGAUAUUAGCGUAUCUUCGAGCCAAAACAGGCAAGCGAACGAUUCUACGAGACGUGCACAACAUGAUCCAGGACGCUAAGAAGUGCUUUAAUGGAGGUCGAUCGGAUGCGGAGCGCGCUGUCUCCGUGCUGGACGAAUUCUGCGAGAUGAACACUGGAAAUGUGGCGGAGUUCGUCAUUGGCAAGGAGACCAACAUGGUGCAAGUGCUAACGUUCCAGUCAGCGCGGCAGAAGCGUCUCUUUGCAGCCUUCCCCGAGUUUGUUCUGGUCGACUCGACUCAUAACAGCAACGCGAACCGUUACAAGCUGUUUAGCUUCGCAGUCCAUGACGUCUUCGGCCGGGUGGGUAAAUGCUUUCAGGCUCUAACCAAAAAU